CGCAAUGCGUAUUGGGAUUUCAGGACACGGAAGCCUAAAUGAAAACUGAAGUUUGUUUUGUAUGGCUGCAAACAAAUAAAAAUGGUAAACAGUUGCUGUGUAAAUAACUGUCGUAAUCGCAGUCACGACCGACGUGGAAAGCGUAUAGAAAAUGGAGUGCGAUAUUUCAGAUUUCCCACUUGGAAACAACACUUUGGAACUCAGAUUUCCGAGUUAACAAAGCUGCGUCGCAUGGAGUGGGUGGCAGCAGUUAGACGGAAAAACAUAAUCUUCGACAGCAUUUCUCGACACAUGUUUGUAUGUUCACGGCAUUUUCACAAAGGUAAACCUGCAUACGAGAUGAUGGAGACUGACCCCGACUGGGCACCAUCCCUACAUCUGGGCCACACAGAGAUUAAACAGACUAAUCCUGCACGCUCUGCAAGACGCAAUAAGCGUGAACAACUAAAGAAAAACACACCACAUCCAGCUGAUGACCAGAUGAUGACCCACCAGGCUAAAGAAAGUGAUCAGUUACACACUGAGGAGGGGACACACAACUUCACUCAAGAGGAUGCAGGAACACAGACUGAAUGUGCCUUGUGCAUGCACAAAUGUGUAGAAAUAAACAGCCUGUUGGAUGAAAACAGACAAUCAGGAUGUGACCUCUGUCUGAUGUCUGAUGGUUUUUUUGGAGGUGAUGAUGAUCAAGUACAGUACUAUACAGGUCUUCCAAACCUGGGAACCUUUACAGCAUUAUUACAUUUUUUGGUUCCCCUCAUACCAGACCAAAUGAAAAUUCUUAUUCCAUUUCAAAUGCUACUGUUAACUAUUAUGCGCCUCCGAUUGGAUCUGCCUGCACAACAUCUGGCCCAUCACUUUCAUGUUUCCCCAACAACAGCGAACAGUACAUUCAAAGAAACUGUGGCGUUUCUAUAUACAAACCUGAAACGUUCAAUUGUAUGGCCAGACAGAGACACUUUGUGCAAAAUUAUGCCUUCCCAGUUUGUGGAGUCAUUUGGACGCAGAGUGGCAGUGAUCAUCGACUGUUUUGAGAUUUUAACAGGGAAACCAUCCAAUCUAAAUUCACAUGGCAAAUUUUUUUCCCGCUACACGCACGAUCAGACUAUUAAGUAUUUGAUAGGUAUUACGCUCAAGGGGUCUGUUUGUUUCAUAUCAAAUGGGUGGAGUGGUUAUAGAAAUGACAAACAUAUAACGCAGAACAGUGGUCUUCUUGACAAUUUGUUGCCAGGAGACAUUGUCUUGGAUAGUAGAGGUUUUGACAAGAAAAAUGUUGGAAAGUUGUGUACUGAGGUCAGACUGCCAGCCCUUACAAACGACAGCUGUCAGCCAACUGCAAAAGAUGUAGAGCAGACUAGCAAAAUGGCAAAUCAUAUCCCUGUUGAAGGUGCCAUCAAAAAUGUAUGUCAGCAGUAUAAAAUCUUAACAGGAACCAUACCAAUUGACAUGGCACUUACUUGUAAAGGUGAGAACGUAACAUUUUUGGAUAAGAUUGUCACUGUCUGUUGUGCACUGACGAACCAAUGUCAGACUGUUGCAUAAAAAUGUGUCCUGUGCUGUAGUAUUGCAUGAAUAAUAAAGCAUG